AUGGGAGAACGCGGUCCCGACCAGUGGUUGGACCAGAUCAAAAAAUGUCUGUCGCUCUCUGAGUCCGACAUGAAACAGCUCUGCGAGCUUGUGAAAGAGCUUUUGAUGGAAGAUUCCAACAUCCAGCCUGUACAAUCGCCCGUUACUGUCUGUGGCGAUAUACACGGCCAGUUCCACGACUUGUUGGAGCUCUUCAAAGUUUCCGGUGGCUUGCCUAGCGACGACAACGCUACUAACUACAUUUUUUUGGGCGAUUACGUGGACCGUGGAUACUUUUCUUUGGAGACAUUCACGCUUCUCAUGGUGCUCAAAGUCAAGUACCCAAACCGUAUAACGUUGGUGCGGGGUAACCAUGAGCUGCGGCAAAUCACCCAGGUCUACGGUUUUUAUGAUGAAUGCUUGACCAAAUACGGCCUGACGACGGUUUGGAAGUAUUGCUGCCAGGUGUUUGAUUUCUUGACGCUUGCGGCUAUCAUCGACGGGAAGAUCUUGUGUGUACACGGAGGUUUGUCUCCCGAAAUCCGCAUGCUCGACCAGAUUCGUGUCUUGAGUAGAGCACAGGAAGUUCCGCACGAAGGUGGUUUUUGUGACUUGGUUUGGUCUGAUCCUGAUAAUAUUGACACUUGGGCGGUUUCGCCGCGUGGUGCAGGCUGGCUCUUUGGUUCCAAAGUUAGCCGUGAGUUCAAUCAUAUCAAUAACUUAGAGUUGAUAGCCAGGGCCCAUCAGUUGGUUAUGGAAGGCUUCCGUUACCAUUUCAAGGAUAAAGAUGUGGUCACCGUUUGGUCAGCGCCAAAUUACUGCUACCGUUGUGGUAAUGUGGCGAGUGUGAUGCAGGUGGAUAGCGAUUUGGAACCUAACUUCAAAAUCUUCAGUGCGGUUCAAGACGGUGACUUGGCAGCGAAAAACAACACGGCCAAGCAACAGCGCAUAGACUACUUUUUGUGA